AUGGAAGACCCGAUCGACACUGCAAAGCUAGCGCACGAAUUCCUCUCCCUCGUGGAUGCGCUGGGGAUAGAGGGAGACUACAGAAAGACUCUCCUCUCCCUUCCGGCAGCCCAGAAGCAGCAAAUGAUAGACGCUCAGAAGAAGUCCGUCGAUAUAAGCGGGGCAGAGAUAGCCAAACGAAUAAAGGAGAUCAAAAAGCCCUUUUCAAGCUCGUACGAAAUAACCCACAUAGAAGCAUAUUCUCGCGAGAUAAAAGAACUUCGCUUUAACUUUGUCUCCCUCACGGAGUCUGAGGUCCUGAUCGCGCUCGAAGAAAAUCUUUUGGAAAGCAUUUGGGAAAUUAUUUCGAUGCUUUCCUCGAAGAAAGACUCCCAGGACGCGAAGAUAUACAUGCAAAUGGAAAAAACAAUGCAAAAUAAGCCAAUAUAUCAGAUACUCGAACCCACUGCAAGAUUCCUAAAAAGCACUUUACAGUCUCCUGCCGUCGUAAGAUCCCUCAGGAGAGACCAGAAGAUGUUCCAAAACAUGAUCGAGCACUAUCCCUCGCCCUUUGCGUUUAUUUCGAGUCUUCUCCUGGAGAUCAUCGUAAAGUGCCUGGAUGCCCACAUCGGGAUAGUCCUAGAUAGCUUCUUCAAAGCAGCAGAAAAAUCCAGCGAGAAUCACGCGUACUGUCUCUCCGUGUGCAAUAUUCGAAUGAAGUGGGUGAUGGACGAGGUAGAGCACAACCUGAAGUUUGGGCAGUUAGAAGAAUCUCAUGCCUCCGUCUUUCUGCAGCUUAUAAUGGGCUUCUACAAGGAGUCUCCGAUGGUGGGGAUUAUGCUGGACGGACUCCUGCGGAUGUGCGGGAUCAGCAGAGUCCUUUCCCGCGUGGAAAGUGCCUUCCCAGGGAUGCGGAAGAGUGUAAGCAACCUCCUCAGCCUCCAGCAGAAGGUCCGAGCAAUGGCUGUGGAGAUAGACGUUAGAAAGAUAGAUAUUUCCACAGAAGAGACGAAGAAAGACGUAGAGCAGAUUAUUUCUAUCCUAAGCGUUCUGAACAGGAUAAACAGCAGCCGAAUGUACGAUGUCCUCCAAUUCAUUCGGGGGCAGAUAAUGGAGGAGUCCGUCUACAGGAACAAGGACGCAAUGAAGAUAGAGCAGGAGAGAGCCAUUCGGAAGGAGAAGACGCAGAGCGAGAAGUACGUCUGCAUUUGCAAGGACAUUCUCUCGCGGUAUAGGAUGCCCCCAGAGAAGAUCGCAUCCCCAGAGACAGUCUCUGCGUGCACGGAGUCUGAGGGACAGAAAAAAACAGGCGAAGAAAAUCCAGGGAGUACCCUGAACCUGAAAAAUAUUCAGAGCAAAAGUAUUCCUCCAAUGCCAGGAAAAAGUUCGAUUCCUCCAAUUCCUCCUAAGGCAAUGCCAGGAAAAAGUUCGAUUCCUCCAAUUCCUCCUAAGGCAAUGCCAGGUUCAAUUCCUCCAAUCCCUCCUAAAACAAUGCUAGGUUCGAUUCCUCCAAUUCCUCCUAAGACAAUGCCAGGAAAAAGUAUUCCUCCAAUUCCUCCUAAGAUGGGAAUCCCUCCUAAGACAAUGGGAAUUCCUCCGAAGACUAAAAUGUCGCUUUCUUCGCUGGGGGCAGUUCCUCCUCUUGCUCCUGGGGGAAUUUCAGCUCCUCCUGGGAGUGGAACUUUCGAGGCUGCUCCUCCUGGGCCUCGCUCCCUGUACAUGCAGGCAGCAUCUCUUCUGCACCCAGAAAAUCCCCAGCAGAUCUCAUACGACGUCCACAUUCGGAAGCCUGCAGGAGGCGGAUUAUGGUGUGAUCUCUCCGUGGAGGAUCUUCGCGUCUUCACGAAGGCAGACUUCCGAGUCUUUGAAAGAAAAAAAACUGAAAAGACUGUGGAGGACGAAAAGAUCAUCUCGGACGGAGUGAUCGAUAAAAAGCGGUGCAAGGCCAUAGAUAUCAUUCUGGCACGCGUAAAAGUCCCGCACGAGAAGCUGAUACAGUCUGUGGAUGCUUUGAACACGAAAGCCUUCACUGAGACGCUUUUAGCAGGGCUAAUUCACAACUACCCGACGGAGGAAGAGCUGGAGCUGAUAAAAAAGCACCCGGUGGAAUUAGCUCCGGAGAUAUUCUACAAGAAGGCACUUUCCGUUGAGAUGUUUCGGGAGAAGCUUGUGAUUAUGCACUUGCUCCUGACUGUUUCCUCCGUGGAGAAGACGCUUAUUCCGAGCGUGAAGACGCUCAUUGAAGGAUGUUCUCUCUUCCUGCGGACGAAAAGCAUCCACAGGAUCCUGAAAAUAACGCUCGGAGUCGUAAAUGUGCUGAACUCCGGGGGAAAAAGCCAGGGAGCGUGGGGGAUUCGCGUGGAUUCUUUGCCGAGAGUCCUUGAGAACAGUUCGGUCGUUCUCCUCGUGCAGGAGAAGGUAAAGCAGGAGAGAAUCUCCAUAGCCCAGGAGCUGCCCAUUCUCCGGGAAGUCCUGAAAAUAUCAACAGACAUUGUGGAGACGGACUGCCUCGAAGGAGAGGGGAAGAGGCAGUUUAUUGAGGCCCUGAACCUGAAAAAGAGACAGAGAGAGGCCGUUAGGGAGGCAGUUUCCGUCCUGGAGUCCCUGCAAAUUCUGCACGAGAAGUGGGGGAAAAGCCUCGAGGAGUUGAAGGCCUUUUUAGGGGAGAAGGAAUUUUCCGGGUCGAGCCUCCAAAUGCUUUCGAAGUACGUGAUUGGCGUGUGCACGUACGUGAUCGCAAAGGGCAAAGUGUAA